AUGGACGCCAAACGCCUCGCCGUCGUCGUCCUCGCCACCGCUCUCGUGGUGCUAGGCAGCAGCAAGCACUACACGGCCGACGCCGAGAACCGGCACGUGUUCCUGGACUGGGAGGUGUCCUACGCCGUGCGGUCGCCGCUGGGCGUGGCCAGGAGGGUGAUCACCAUCGACGGCCGGCUCCCCGGGCCGCUGCUGAACCUCACAACCAACGAUGUUGCCCACAUCAACGUCGUCAACACCCUCGACGAGCCGUUCCUCCUUACAUGGUGCUUUUUGUCACCCAGACCUGCAAUGCAAGUUUAUGUUGAUUAAUUAAUUUACCUCCUGCAGGCACUGAUCGGUGAUGAGAUCCUCUGUGUG